AUGGCGGAUAAAGAUCCGUCGAUAAGGGGCUCUAUCUGGGGUGGCAGAUUCGGGCGGCAUAGUAAGGCGGUGAAUCUGAUGUCAUCCCAUCGCCAGAUUCUUCGUAUCAACCACCUUCCUGCCGCUUGCCAACCUUACACUUUGAUCAGAUUUGAUCGCAAUUCGCCACAGCACACAAUGUCUGAAGUGGCAUCGGAGGUCUCUUCCUCAAAGGGAGAUGUCAAUGCCAAAACCUCAGCUGCAGUGCCAACACCUGCCGCGGAAGUCACCUCUGAGAAGUCUGAAGUUGACGCCGCCGCCAAGGCGAAGGAGAGAAUGGAAAGGUUCAAGGCUCUUAAGGCUCGAGCUAAAUCCGGCACGGAGCGAAACCUGAAAGAGACCGCUGCGGAGACGCAACGGUUGGCAACCGACCCAGCUUUGCUGAAUAAUAUCUCGCGAAAACAUGCAUUUGCCUCACAUAACCUCCUCAAAGCAGAUACCGAAGCUGCUGGUGAGGACUUCGAACGGAAGCGCGCGUGGGACUGGACCGUCGAUGAAUCCGAGAAGUGGGAUCGUCGUAUGGAGAAGAAACAGCGACACCGCGACGAUGUAGCGUUCCAAGAUUAUACGCAAGACGCGCGCAAGGUCUACAAACGUCAGCUGCGUGAGCUCCCACCUGACCUCGAGGCCUACGAGAAGGAGAAGCUUGCCGCCAUUGAGAAAGCAGCGGCCAACGGUGAUCUGGAAAUUGUCGAGACGGAGGAUGGCGAGAUGAUAGCGAUCGAUAAGAACGGCAGUUUCUAUUCCACAGCGGACAGUGUAGGCUUUACUGACAAUAAGCCAAGCCGCGCGAAUGUGGACAAGCUGGUGAACGACAUCCGUAAGGCGGAGGAGGUCCGCCUGAAGAAGCGCAAGGAGCGCCGUGGGGAUGAAGAGGCCGACGUGACUUACAUCAACGAGAAGAACAAGCAGUUCAACCAGAAGCUGGCUCGUUUCUACAACAAGUACACAACGGAAAUCCGAGACAGUUUUGAACGCGGUACUAUGAUCUAG